AGCAUAUAUAAGGGUGUCCUUUCAAAUCGUCACAUUUUACGACAUAAUUCUUCAGAACAAGCUCUGCCCAGACACGCACUAGCGAUAGGCCUAGCCUACAGAGAAACAGUUUGCAGUAAUCCAACAGAAGAAGAAAAUGACCAGUGAUUUAGAUAGACAAAUUGAACAGUUGAGAAGAUGUGAAGUAAUUAAAGAGAGCGAGGUGAAGGCACUCUGUGCAAAAGCCAGAGAGAUUCUCGUCGAGGAGAGCAACGUACAGAGAGUGGACUCGCCAGUCACAGUAUGUGGGGACAUACAUGGUCAGUUUUACGACUUGAAGGAGCUAUUUAAAGUUGGAGGUGAUGUUCCAGACACAAACUAUUUAUUUAUGGGAGACUUUGUGGAUCGAGGCUUUUACAGUGUUGAAACAUUUCUGUUACUGUUAGCUCUUAAGGUACGAUAUCCCGACAGAAUUACACUGAUUCGAGGGAAUCACGAGAGCCGACAGAUCACACAAGUUUAUGGGUUUUAUGAUGAAUGUCUCAGGAAGUACGGUUCUAUUACCGUAUGGAGAUACUGCACAGAGAUAUUCGACUAUCUAAGCCUCUCAGCAAUAAUAGAUGGAAAGAUAUUUUGUGUACAUGGUGGAUUAUCGCCAUCUAUACAGACAUUGGACCAAAUUCGUGCAAUAGACAGGAAACAAGAGGUGCCACACGAUGGCCCAAUGUGUGAUCUCUUGUGGUCAGAUCCCGAAGACAUGCAGGGAUGGGGAGUUAGUCCUAGAGGAGCAGGUUACCUGUUUGGACAUGAUGUUGUAGCUCAAUUUAAUGCAGCUAACAGUAUAGACCUUAUAUGUCGAGCUCAUCAACUAGUUAUGGAGGGCUAUAAAUGGCAUUUCAGUGAGACAGUACUGACGGUCUGGUCAGCUCCGAACUAUUGUUACAGAUGUGGAAAUGUUGCAGCUAUUUUGGAAUUAGAUGAACACUUGGAUAGGGACUUCACCAUAUUCGAGGCAGCACCUCAGGAAUCAAGAGGUAUUCCAUCAAAAAAGCCACAACCAGACUACUUUUUAUAGGAAAUGAAUAUACUGUAAUGACUGGUGUUAACUUACAUGUGAAAGUUGUGUGGAACAAAGGCAUGUGACACUUGUGAACAGAGUGCCAUGUUGUGUAUUCCCUUUGGACAGAUGCCAGUAUAUGUCAGAGGUUCCAGUCUGUGAUGCAGUUAUUUAUAGACAUAGAUCGUGAUUUUAAUUUUCCACUUUUAAAUUUCACAUGAUUUCCCGUCACAGUAUCAGUUCAUCGUCUUUGUUUCCAUUGUUCAUUGAUUUGUCAUCGUAUAUGUUGAUAGGUGUGGAACUGUUGAUGCCUCUAUACAUACACUCUGUAAUAUCAAGCCAGAUACAGGUACUCGGUGUUAUAUUUUCCAAGAUUUGUCAUCUGUGCAAUGUUAAGAGGUAGUAAUUUAUUGAUCUGAGAUUUUUUUUUCUGUUGAAUUGAAUGAACUGUAUUCUGCGGAUAAAUUUUGAUAAGGAUUUCUGCAGAGUUCAGUAUGUUGUAUAGUUUUCUAUAAUAUGUUGUAGGUUUGUAGUGUCACUUUUUGUGUUAGAAAUGAAAUUCACCAGUGGACGCAACAUGAUUACAUUUCUGUGUAUGAUAAUUUCACUCCUUCAAAUGAGGCAUCAACAGAGUUUUAAUAUUGCUGCAAUUUUAAAUGCAAUGAAAUUUUGUAAGUAUUGAUGAUUAAAAACCCUGAAAACUUGAAA